UAAAAAAAAAAGACCAGUGGUUUGUGUUUGUUGACAUUACAAAUCCCAUUUUCAGGAUUGUGCUGUUAACUCAAUAAAGUUUUUAUGAUAAGUGAUUGGUGGAGUGUUGCACUUUCAGUGCGAAUGUGCAAAGAAAUCAAGAACUGAAGUCCCAGGGCAUAUUUAUGGGAUGCCGCCGUUGUCAGGAGGACUCGGUGAGCGCAUUGAGGAGUACGAGGUGCUAAAUCUCCUUGGUAAGGGCGGAUUUGCCAGCGUCUACAGGGCAAGAUGCUUGAAAACAAGAAUGGAAGUGGCGAUCAAAAUGAUCGACAAGAGAAUGAUGGAAGCAGCUGGGAUGUUGGAUAGAGUGGCCCAGGAAGUGUCCAUUCAUUCUCGACUGAAGCAUCCAGCGAUACUGGAGCUCUACACUGCCUUUGAGGAUAUUAAUUAUGUGUACAUGGUGCUCGAAUUGUGUCACAACGGGGAAUUACAGAGGUUCCUAAAAGCGGAAUAUCCACAUGGGUUUCCUGAGGAUCAAGCUGCUCAAAUCAUUAAGCAAGUGGUCCAAGGACUUCUGUACCUCCACUAUCACCAGAUCCUUCACAGAGACAUGUCUCUCUCCAAUUUAUUAUUGACUCGAGACAUGCAAGUGAAGAUAGCAGACUUUGGCCUGGCAACUCAAUUGUCCAGACCAGACGAGAAGCACAUGACGAUGUGUGGAACUCCGAAUUAUAUUUCGCCAGAAGUGGCGACUAGAUCGUCCCACGGAUUGGAGGCUGAUGUCUGGGGUCUGGGCUGCAUGCUGUACACUCUCUUAGUUGGGAGACCGCCGUUCGAUACAGAUGCUGUUAAAAGCACUCUGACAAGAGUAGUCAUGGCAGAUUACAAGAUCCCUUCUCAUUUAUCGGAUAUGGCUAGGGAUUUGAUCGAACGUUUACUCAAGAAGAAUCCUAGGGAGAGGAUUAAACUCAAGGACAUUUCGAAACAUCCUUUUGUUGCUCGUUUGGAUAAGGAAAGACCUCAUCAUGACAAAAUGUUAACAAGAGCAAUGUCCGGUGACGUCAUGGUGGACUCCGGCCUAGGCCGCACACUCUCCUCCUGUGGCCGCCUGCCUCGACUCCGUUCCCGCUCAGAGGAACGAACCUCGACGGCCCCAGCGUUGAUCACCCCCCUGGGUCCCCAAUUCUCAGCUCGAAGUGACCCAAUGACCGACCCAAACGUCUUGAACCACUACUCUAACCACCGGAUGAAACAGACCGACUAUUCCGCCGAGAACUCAGUGCUCUCAGGCAUUGUUCGUGCUGGAAGCCGCGUGGUCUCCCAAAAUAUGCAAUCCUCCCAGCGAAGUGGGUAUGGCGGACAUAAAGAGGAAACAGAUCGUCAGAACGACGAAAGACAGAAACGAAGGGAGAAUCCAGUGCCAACAAACUCUCCUCCGGACCUAGAACCUUACACUAAACUUCAGAUUCCACCACUAAAUACUGAACGAUUACUUCCCGUUCGACACAGGACUAAGAACUUUAUCCUAACAAUUUUGGACAAUGGAGAGGUUUGCAUUGAAUUCCUAAAAAAAAAGAAUUUAUCAGUGGACAAAAUUAAUGAGGUCUGCAGAAUAUCCAAUGAUGGACUUCGAAUUGUUCUGUAUAAACCCGAUAUCAGGGAAAUUGGGGAUCAACCGCCACCCUUGCCAUCUCGAGGGGCUGAUAACAUUUAUUCGUACGAGAGUUUGCCUUCGAGACACCAUCGGAAGUACCUCUACGCUGCUAAAUUUGUGAAACUGACGAAGGCGAAAACUCCCAAAUUGACGCUUUACACGGCCAAGGCCAAGUGUGCGUUCAUGGAGAAUGGACCUCAUCCAGACUGCGAAAUGCUUUUCUACGAUGGGAUCAAGGUGACGAGGGUCGAUGGGGUCGUUAAGUUGUUUGAGAAGGAGGGCGGGGGGAUCUAUAAUGAGGGAGAUGUGCCGAGAGAACUAGAGGAGUAUUUGGAGGUCUAUCAGGAGUGCUAUCAGAGGUGCCUGCUGCUGGAGUCUUCGCUGGCUUCUCUGGAGUCUGCUACUGGACACUCGUACUUUCCGGCCAUCGUGGGACGCAGACCUGUGGCGAUGGGCGAUGGGGGGUCUCAGGGCAAGGAAAAUGUGUCGAGAACUACGUGCAGUCCUUUAGUUAUGCCUUCAUUCGAUGCUACAUGCUCAGUAGUCUCAGGCGUAACAACACGUUCGCGGAAGACGAAUUCAAUGCGCGUCUCUGCCUAUAAUUUCAACAAAGUGAAUGUUCCCGGUGUUGGAGUUGCAACUCAAAUGCCAUCCGGUGAUAUCAAAGUGGAGUACAAAGACGGCUCAUCACUGACCGUGAGUCCUCAAAGCAUUGGAGGUGGAAUCGUCUAUGAAAGUAUUACAGGAGCUAUUACCAGAUACUCCAAGAAUCACCAGUAUAACUCAGAAGUGCCUUAUCCAGUUCGUGAAAAAUUGAAGAACCUACCGACUGUCAUAAAACAUCUCGCCCAACCAAAACCCAGGAAUCUAAGAUAAUUUUUAUGGCCACACAAUUUCUCCCA